AUGGCAUCAGUAGAAGUUGAAUUGGGAGUUACUCCAGAAACCACUUAUUCCAUUUCAGGCAAGCAACUAAAGUUUGACUCGGAAUCGGAUAUUACACCAUAUAUCAAGGAAUUGACGGAAAAGAAAAAUGUCAAAAAGGUUGAUUUUUCAGGAAACACCAUUGGUAUCGAAGCAUCAAAAGCAUUGAGUGAGGCAUUAUUGAAACAUAAGGACACUAUUGUUGAAAUCAACUUUUCUGACUUAUACACUGGUAGAUUGAAUACUGAAAUUCCUCAAUCUUUAGAGUAUUUGUUACCAGCAUUGUUGAAAUUGCCAAAUUUAAAAUUAAUCAAUUUAAGUGACAAUGCUUUUGGUUUACAAACUAUUGAUCCAAUUGAAGUUUACUUGGCCAAGGCUGUUUCCAUUGAACAUUUGAUUUUGUCAAACAAUGGUAUGGGACCAUUUGCUGGAUCAAGAAUUGGAGGAUCUUUAUUCAAGUUAGCCAAAGCAAAGAAAGCUGCAGGAAAGGACUCUUUGAAAACAUUCAUCUGUGGUAGAAACAGAUUAGAAAACGGUUCUGUUAACUAUUUAUCUGUUGGAUUAAGAAACCACAAGGAUUUGGAAGUGGUUAGAUUGUAUCAGAAUGGUAUCAGACCUGCUGGUAUUUCUAAAUUAGUUGAGCAAGGUUUAUCUAACAACAAGAAAUUAAAAGUGCUUGAUUUGCAAGACAAUACCAUUACCACUAGAGGAGCUAUCCACAUUGCAGAAUCAUUAUCCAACUGGCCAUCUUUGGUUGAGUUGAAUCUUAACGAUUCUUUGUUGAAGAACAAAGGUUCUUUGAAAUUGGUCGAAGCCUUCCAUGUUGGUGAUGAGAAACCACAAUUAAUUACCUUGAAGUUGCAAUAUAAUGAAUUAGAAACAGACAGUUUGAGAGUUUUGGCAGAUGCAAUCGCCAGUAAGUUGCCACAAUUAAAGUUUUUGGAAUUGAAUGGUAAUAGAUUCGAAGAAGAUUCCGAACACAUCGCUAAGAUCAAUGGAAUAUUUGAAGAGAGAGGGUAUGGUGAAAUAGACGAAUUGGACGAGUUGGAAGAGCUUGACAGUGAUGAAGAAGAGGAUGAUGAAGAUGACGAAGGAGAAGACGAUACAUUAGAGGAAGACCUUGAUUUGGAACAAUUAGAAGAAGAAUUGGCUGGAAUUUCUUUGGAAGACAAAGAUGAUAACGUGGAUGAAAUCGCCGAAGAAUUAUCCAAAACUCAUAUUAAAUAG